AUGUCUUAUUCUCAAUCACCUUCAUCAUCUAGAGAUAAGACUACAACAACUAAUACACAAUAUCCAAUUUUUGCUAUUGUAAAAGCGGCAACUUUUCAACAAGUACUUGGACAUCCAAUGGCAUAUGUUCGAAUUUUGAUGCAGAUGGGUUAUGAACCAUUAACUUGUUAUAAAGCAAAAAAUUUAUUUGGAAAAGAAGUAAUAUACUAUCCAAAUGUAUUUCGUUAUCUUCGUUUUAUUUAUAAUAUUGAUGGCAUAACCGGUUUAUAUCGUGGGUUUGGAUGUUCAUUAAUGGCCAAAGUUGUUUAUUGGUAUACAACAACAAAAGUAGAUGAAGGGUCAACGUUAGCCUAUAAAAUAGGAUUUUUAGCUGAUUUCGAGACUUUGAGAGAAGUACGAUGUCAAUCAUGGGGAAUACUUAUAUCCCAUCCUUUACAAGUCAUGGCUAUUCGUUGUAUGGCUCAAUUUAUCAGAAAAGAACAAGUGUAUUCGUCAAUAAAUAUAUUUCAGAAUGCAGUGGAAAUUUAUCAGCGACAAGGAAUUGGAGGAUUUUUUGUUGGUCUAAUGCCACGAUGUUUAUUAGAAGUAUCAAUAAUUGUUAUCGCAAAUUUUCUUAUCCAUUUAUUAAAGACACAAAUACACGCUCCACAAGAAAUGGCACCUCUGUUCGAAUAUUUAACCGCCUUUGUUGUUCAAUCACUAACAUACCAGUUAAGCAUUGUAACAACUGUGACAAUGGUUAAUCGUAGUGGCCUAGCUAUUGGUCUACCAUCUAUAUCACCUGUUGGUGGUUUUUCUCAUUGGCAAGAUGUUUAUAAAUAUUUACGUAAACACGAUCAAUUAAAACGUGGUUCAUCAUUAAUAAAUCGUCCAGUGAUAAAUUCUGAGUAA